AUUUUUUCCUCUGGUUCCUUUCCGUCCCACCUCCCGUCUUUGCUCGACAUGCAAAGCCGCCCCGAUCGAUCAAAUCUGGAUCUCGGCGGCGGUGCCUCCUCCCUCUCCCCGCGCACCGGCGCAUCCUUCGGAGCCCUCCCCGCCACCUCCCUUCCCAGCGCCCACUCGACUGCCCCUCCUCGCCACAUCGCGGCCGUGAGAGCCCUCAAAAAGCUGGCCCUGGAGGACUGCUUCAAGAGGAUGAUCUGCUUCGAGACUCUGAACCCGUCGUGCCUGCUGCUGCCGUGCGACCAGGCGCCCGAGAUCUUCGACAUCGCCGGCCACUUCGCUGGGUCAGGCAGCGCCAAGGACCCGCCCAGGAUCCCCGUCAUAUGCAAGCCCAACGUCGGCGCCAUGGAGCCGGCCCUCAAGAUCGCCGACGUCAACCCAGAUCCGUGCGCUACCUCCCUUUGCCGCCGGAUCCCCGCGAGGCAUGCUCAGAUCCGUCCGCCAACCGCUGGCGACGAGGCGUACGGCGCCGCCAUGGCCGUGCUCGAGCGCCUCCAAGAACCCGCAGAGGAGAAUCGAGGCGUGGCGCCUCCUGGACUCCGUUCGUCGCCGCUUUGGCGACGGCGUCCCCGCCGCUGGGCAGGAAGAGUGUUUCCACGCCUUCAACCUCCGUGUCCACGAUGUCGUACUCGAUGCCCACCUGCAAGCUACAUGUCUUGGAGGGAAGUUGCGACUUGAGGGAGUGAACUCCCAUUCUCUCAAUUUCUUGGCAUGGCCAUGCUUGCAGUACUGAUAAGACAUGCUUCAAAAAUGGAGGAGGGAGGACGUGAGCUGCUGCCUUGGUUCCUGUCCGCACCAGCUGCCACAGUAUGUAAUCAGGCCUCCACUAUCGUCCUCUGAAUUUUGGAUUACAUGCAUCUACAAGAGCGUGAGAACUUGAGAGGGUAGCACAAUGCUACGUAGAAGUUAUUUUUCUCCAUGAAGUUGAUCAUGCGAAGCUGGUGCCAGAUAGAAGGUUAAUUGAGUUCUCAUCUCCAAAAUGUUUGCAUUCUAAGUAUCCUCUUUGAUUCAGUGGUUACAUGAUGCUACAGUUCACUUGUUUUUCACCUCUUGAUGCUACUAUACACAGAAGGUGUUUGCUAAUUUGCACAUUAAAAUUUUCUGAUAAA